GCCAUUCUCCGCCCGCGCGGUUCUUACGCCGUUGGCGUAGCGCGCCCCAAGAUGGCGUCGCUAUCGUCGUCGUUGGCGGCCAGAUCGCUGUCUAAGGCGUCGUCGUCGACGAGGGGCGAGCGGAGGGAGGCAGCCAGGCGGCGGCGGGCGAGAGAGGGCCGGAGCGCGUCCCUGUGAGAAGGGAACGGAGGCAGAGAGGGUCUCCCUUCGGGCCUUUCCUUCCCCGGCGGCGAGCCUUCCUGGUGGGCCUCCCCGCCGCCCCUGCCCCGGACGGAGGAUGAUGAAGCUCAAGUCCAACCAGACGCGCACCUACGACGGCGACGGCUACAAGAAGAGGGCAGCUUGCCUCUGCUUCCGCAACGAGGCCGAGGAGGAGGUAUUGUUAGUGAGCAGCAGUCGUCAUCCGGAUAGAUGGAUUGUCCCAGGAGGUGGUAUGGAGCCUGAAGAGGAGCCCAGUGUGGCUGCUGUGCGGGAAGUUUGUGAGGAGGCUGGAGUGAAAGGGACAUUAGGAAGAUUAGUAGGAAUUUUUGAGAACCAAGACAGGAAACACAGAACUUAUGUUUACGUACUCAUUGUCACAGAAGUAUUAGAAGACUGGGAGGACUCUGUGAAUAUUGGAAGAAAAAGGGAAUGGUUUAAGAUAGAUGAUGCCAUAAAAGUUCUGCAGUAUCACAAACCUGUGCAGGCCUCAUAUUUUGAAACGUUGAGGCAAGGCUAUUUGGCUAACAACGGCACUCCUGUUGUGACCACAUCAUUCUCAAAAGAGAGUGCACUGUCUGACAUCAGAUGACUGAAGAUAUCCAUAUAAGAGAAAUAGACGUGGAAAAGAAGACUGAAACCUGGAUUUCCCUUUUCCCCCUCUUCUCGCCGCUUUCACAUAUGUCCUCUGUCAAACAGACAUGUGCAGCAGCCUUUGGCAGAGCAAUGUUUGAGUGUUGCAUUCUAGUGCAAAGUGGGGUUUUCUUGCUUUUACUUGGAUAUGUAUUUUGUAAACCACAUCUUGUGCAUGAAGUGUCCCUUCCCUGUUAACAACAUUUUGACAACUUGAAGAGCAAGGCUGCUAGUUUCACCACUGCCUUGUCUUCUGAAAUGUUUCUUUGUGUUGUUGCAGCCAUAGCCAGACUUUUUUUAUCUUUUCAGUUAAAAGAGGCUAUAAAUGUGAGAUCAGAUCUUUUAAGUCUUAGAUUUUGUACAGUACGCUGCUGUUGAGAUCUGUGUGGUGGCCACUUUCUCAGCGCAUGUGUGUAACUUUUUUUAGAUGGAGAAACCUAACACUUUGAAUUUGCAGGAUUUAUUUUAAAAUUUAAGCUGCUUCUAUAAAGAAGAGCAUCAUAAUCUUCUUUGCCUUGUUUUUUAACAUUUUUUGUGACAGUGCUAGUGGCUGGGCCAGUUUGACUCCCUGUACCCCACUUCUUGAUUCAAAUUUAGUGCUGUGACACUUGGAGGAGGCCAGGCAACAAUCACUUGCAAGACAUCCUGGUGCUUCAUUCUUUCUACAGUUUUAGCCAAUAUGCCAUCUCCUAACAAUGGACAGAAGCACAAGGAAUUGGUUACCCUUCACUUCUGGCAUAUGGCCACAGAAACUAGUUGAAUUCCAACCUCUAUAUAUAGGAAUCAGGGAUUCAAAAUGAGCUUAAGGUGAACUGGAGCAUCAAGCACCAAUGAUUUCUGCUGGUGUGGAAUUCUUUCUAUUCCUGCUAUAUACUGCUGAUAUCUCUUCUUGUCCACAUGCCUUACACCAUACUGAACUGGAUAUUAUAAUUUGUGCUAAAGUGUUGGACUUUCCUUUGAGUGUCGCUGCACCGAGAGGCAGUCACACAGUAUCCCUGAAAAGAAGUAAUCAGGUGUCCAAUCUCCUCCUUUAUCUGUAGCAUUGCAGCACUUGUAAAUGUACCACAGAGCAUGCUCAGAAUGGUAAAUGUUAUUCUUCAGUGGCAAAGGUACAACUGGUUCCCAAGCAGAAAUGCUGUUGUGGAGAACUGUGUCAUUUAAUAGGAUAGUUAACCUAAUGCAUUGGCACAUGUCACAUUUUUGUUUCUAUUGAUGUAUGUUUCAUGCUGUCUUGAUUUGCCAACAGUAUUGUCUAGUUGGGAGACUGUGGAGAGGGUUGUGGGAGGGGGUGGGCCUGGGGAAGAUUUGGGGAGGGGCAUUAGUUAAUCCCUGGCUUGGGACAGGACCUAGUUGCUAUAAUUGGUGACUAUGUCUUUGUCAGUGUAUAGCCAAGAUGUGAAAUUAAAUCUGCAGUACUCUUAUUAAUCAAUCAUUCUCAUUAAAUAACUGCCCAUUAAACAACUAAUUGUAUAAAAUAUUCUAAAAUAGUCAUGCAGCCUGAAGAAGUUAAUUUGUAUACUUUCUAUUUUUGAAAGCUGCUGUGAAAUCUGAGAUUCAUUUUUUUUUUUUUUUUGCGUGAUCCCCUACUUUCAGUGAGUUGGAUAGCAUUCUGUAUUAUGGGAUUACUAAUGCCACAUGGAAAUGCUGAGAAUUAUUAUUCAAGAAGUAGUUUAAACUUGAACAUCUACUACAAAUCUGGAACUAUGCUGUGCCACUUCAAUGCCCUUUAUCUUAACAAUCAACAAUAAAAAAUUAAAUGCAAAGGGCUUGAUUAGUGUCUUGAAAUAUAUAACAUGACUUUUCUUACUAAGGCAUAUGUGGCACUUUCUGGUAUUGCAAAUCGUUGCCUUCAGCUAAGGGUUUGGGGUCUUGUUGAAUAGAGAAGAACAUGGAAGUUAGUUUGAAGGAGAACUGAAACUCCUAAAAGGGUGACUGCAGUUUUAAUAUCUACAACAUGAAUACUUUUUAUGACUCUAAGAUGUUUUUAUAGGGCUGUUAAACAGACUACUUAGGAUAGACUAUUGUUAAUGAUUUGCUAACAGCUUUUCCUUUUUUGUUUGGGUCAGGAAAAAUAAAUUGUGCCAAGAAAGUAGUUUAAUGUGGGAUGAAUUGAUGCUAUUUAUGCAACUGCAUUGAGUAGCUGUUUGCCUUCUAAACUGGAAAAGGAAGAUGAAGCUCCUGGAAUACAAAGGCUGGAUUCUUCAGUAGUGUAAUUUAACCCAGUCCUUGCUUCUGUUUACAGUACUAAACCCCACUUUUUCACCUACUUCUGAUGCACUGUAGAGUUCACAGCUUUCCCAGUUUCUCAGGGUAUUAUGUAAUAAAUGAGUCAGUAAACUACUUAGUGAUAUAAAUGAAAAUGUCAACACACCAACUCACUUUUUCAGAGCAUGUCUAAAUACACUGGAACUUCUGGCAUGACAGACCAUGUGUCUAACAUAGUGCAAGUAAUGGGGGGUGGGGUGUUUUCAGUUUAAAUAUAAUCUAUGCUAAGUGGGUAGAUGGACCCUUGGUUUAGAGUUUGUAUGUCUUAAAUCUUCAGUAAAUAUAGAUUCAGCUGGGCUUCACCAUAAAAUGUAAUUUGUUGGAUUUCUACAUGUAAAACUCCUUUAUAUUUAUGUACUGUAAUCAAGGACUGCUGGCAAAGGCAGUAAAGCGUGCUUGAUAGUCAAUUUUUAUGAACUUUAACUUUAAAUCAAGGCAGAGCAUCCAAAUUCUGAUGAGUAUACAUACUUCCCUAAUCUCUUCUGUUCAUCUCAUAGACUGUGAGAAUCCCAGUGUUCAUAUUUAUAUGUAAAUUUCUAGUUCUUGAAAGUUGCAAAGUAGAGGUUGAAUAUUUGAUUGCAAAACAUGCUGAACUUGAGCAGUUCACAAUGUAGACAAAUGCUGGUAUAGCAUAAGCAAUGUUGCAGGUUUGUUAGUAUAUAUUUACAAUAAUAUGUAAUAAAUUCAGAGUUGGUGCUAGAGUUUAUCCCUCCUUUAGAUGAAGUAUUUUGUUUAGAUGGGCCUUUAUAUUACCAGCCCUGUGUAAAACAAGGUUGACAGUGCUGCCUAAAACUGUGUUUGGCAGUGGGUUUGCACAUAACUGCUGGGUAAUCAUGGUAAAACUUAAACAUACAGCUAUGGAUUAAAGGCAGUAAUUUGUUCCAUGUAGAGAAGACUCAUUGAGUGAACAGGAUUUGCUAAAUCAACUUAAAGACUAGUUGGGACUAAUGAUUGGAUUUAGCACCCUAUCAGUGACAGUCUGCAGUUUGCAGCAUUUUCCAGUAUGUAGAGACAUAAUUUUCUUUCCUUGGAGGACAAAACCAGUGUCAGGUUCUCUGCAGUUAUAUCUUGUUGUGUAAAAUGCAGUUGUGAUUUUCUAAUCCCUGCUGUGUUUCAGUGUCAUAGAUUUAGCAAAUGUAUGAUGUAGAGUAAAUAGAAUGUGCUGGAGUAUUUUGGUGUAUCUGUUAAGCUUGGGUUUAAUCUUGAAUUAACUCUUAUUGGAUCUUUGGAAAGUGGAAAUCAGCAUUGUAAGAAGAAUUUAGACUGAAGAUGCCUUCAUGAUUUUAGAUGCAGCAUAGCUCUUAACUUUCCCCAAAAUAUUCUAUUUGUAUUUAGACAUAUUCUUAUAAUCACGCCCCUAUGGCUCCUGCCCCCACCUCAGUCUGUUAAAAACUAGCCAAUUAAAAAAAAGAGUGCCAUCUUCUCCUUGCUAGUGAUUUUAUUAGAACUUGUAAAUCUGUCCUCCACCUCCAUAGAUUUCUUCCUUCUCUCCACACCAAUCCCUUAAUAGCACAUGGUUCAGUUUCAUGCCAGCUGGCAGCAACAAGCUGUUAAGGUGAAAAGUGAACAGGCUUCUCCCACAUUUAGACUUCUGGUGUGCUGCAUAGUCACCAAUUGUCCUGAGUCACGUUCCCCCAGCACAUGCUAGAUAGGAGAGGAGCAUCUGCCUCACUUUCAACAUGUUGCUUAACCAACUCUUAUACCAAUGCCAUAAGUAGAAUGCCCAUGGGUGGAUUAGAAUAAUGGAAAUGGUAUUGGGGAAAUAUUCAGAUUAAAAUCUGACCCAAAGAAGAAUACGGUGUGCACAUAUCAUAAUACUUACCUCAUAAGUAUUAUGGGUAAUAUGAAUCGCCUGAAGUUUGUACUUCUGAGCUUGAAAACAAACUCAGCAACAUCACUGUUUGUAGCUGGGGUGACAUUUUAGUUAAAAUAUGGAGAUUGGUAAAACUUAAUUCAGACUUGUAUCUAUCGUGUCUAAAUUUGAUCAAGCAUGAGUACAAUUUUGUACUAAUGAAAAUUUCAGGAACAUUUGUGUGACUCUGAGUUUGCCUAUUUUCUAAUGGUAAAAAUUAUGGGGGAUAACAGAUUUAGUCAAAGAUUGUGCAUAUUUCUUAACACCUUGCUAGUUUUGUUCAUCUGAACUGUCUCCAGGCAUUUUGUCUUGUGCUUGGGAGGUGGCAGGGAGGGCCUGGGAAAAGAGAGAUGGUAGUGUUGUAGUUCUGUUUUACACUGGAGGGGUGUGUAUGUAAACCUUAAUCUCUGUAAUAAAGAAACUGUUUUUGAGUACAGUUUGAUACCUCUCAUCACAAUAGAUUUUAUUAGAACCAUCAGUACAUCUUUCUCCUCCAGUGUGAUGUGCUCAGUAUAAAUGCUGAACUUCUUAUAACAUGGCUGAUUCAGUCUUCUAUUUUUUGUGUUGGGUAAGUAAUGCAAGGGGGCAUUGAUGAAAUCUUAGUAUAAUUCUCUGUUCCUUCCAAAAGCAAGUUGUCUCCUUGAUUACUUUUAAAACAUUAGAGAUGCUGCUUAAACACUGUCUUCAAAAUAUUUUUUCUUAAUUGAAUUCUGGAGGAAUUUCAGUGAGACACUAGUGCAAUGGUUUCAGAUCUUUCUGAACUCCAAGACUCUGAUAAUUGGCCAUGAUGCCUGGAGCUUGUGCGACUUGAGAUCCGAUAAUAUCUGGGCCCCAAGUUUGGCAAUCACUGCUCUAAUGUGUUUGGCCACUUCUUAAUGUAGAAGUUGCCAAUGCUGCUUUAGGCUUGUUAACAUGAUGGGUCACACUACAGAUAAUUAUCACUUUUGUUUGUUCCUGUUGAAAAGGAGAGCUAGGGUGGUUCACAUUCUCUCUAUAUAUGUCUGAAUUUGCAUGGGUCCAUUAAGGAAAAUGUGAUGUCAGAAUCAAUCUCUCUUAAUUUUCUAUACUGUUUCAUAUUGCCUCAUGUCUAAGAUUAAGGGUGUGAUGAAUUUAAGGGCAACUCUGCCUGAUGUCACCAGUGUGCCCCUUUACAUGGAAAGAGGUAGCCUUUGGUGUUCACGCCACAAAAUUUGCCAUUUUUAUUGAACAGUAUAAAAGUGUGUGGGGGCAAGUGCUUGUGCCAUCUGAAAGUGUUUAUAAUGUCUUAAUUUGAAUUUUCUGUUUAAAAGCACACAUAGUAUAUGGAAUAGCUUAUUGAAUAAGGAAAGAUUGCUUUCUGUGAAAUUCUUUUAAGCAUUUGUCUCACCUCCAGAUGUUAUAUUUUAAUGUGCUCCCUGAGAAUUGAAACUCUGAAUAUAGGCUUGAGUAUGGCACAGUGUUGCUAUUUUGAGACAUGGGUUCAAUAACAUAGAUCAAAUGGCAACUAUGGGAAUUGGUCCCAAGGUGAACUCCGACUCCUCCUUAAUAUUACUGUUCUCAGCAAGACAAGCAAGUUAAGAGAUGGUUAGGAUCUGUGGACCAUACUGUAUGUGAAUAGGAAGGAAAUUAUUUCCUAUUACUGUUAGUAAUUGGUACUUGUCUGAAUUAGAUGGUUUAAAUUAAAAGAAAGAAUGACACAUUACUUUUAUUGGAGAUAAGUAAAGCAAGCAAUUCCUCUACUGUUUUGGUGCCACUACAAAUGCAGUGUUGCCUAAUUCUUCAGUUUAAGAUAGAAAUGCCUUCCAUGGGUUCCUAAUCUUCUGGAAGGGAUUCUACUCCUGGUUCCAGCUCCAUGUCUAUUGCUGUGUGUGAUAGUUCACAACUAUGAGUAAGGCUUAAGCAGUGUAGUAAUUCCAUGUGGAUAUUACAUAUACAACGUCAUAUAUGUUCUGAUUGCAAUUUCCACACAGAAGAUUGAGUUACUAAUAUAGCCAUCCAUCAAAGUAAUAUUGCUAAGUGCAGAACAAUGCUCCCUUCUAAAUUGUACAGUUUGAAUAUUUGUAAUAUAGAAAACAUGAACAUGGUGUAACACUGGAAGGAAUGUACAUGCUACCAUGUCUUACAAUAGUAUAUGACAAACACAUACCUUAGUCUGUACAUCCUUUUUGUUGUUCAUCCCCUUUCUGUUUUCCUUCAUCAAUUUCAUGUAAAAGGAACACAAAGCUUUACAAUUACAUCCAGUGGAGAACAGUAAAAAUAAAUAACUAGUGCAGAUA